AUGGGACAGAUAAGGGCGGAAUUUCGACGCGUUUCCGAGGAAAAAGACGCUGCUUUCGCGUUCGUGGAAAAAGCCAAAAAAUUAGCAGAAGAAUCCGCACAAUUAGCCGACGAACGAAAAGCUGCAAACGGUCUCCUUCAGAGAAAUGUAACUCAACUAAAAACAGAGUUAACUGCAUUCGAGUCUCAAAUCGACGAGUUCAAGAAAGAGAAAUCCGUUCUGCUCUACAAUGCCUCGAAGUGGGAGAAUGAGACCCUAUCAUCAACGAUGUCGGAGCUGGAGCGCAUCAAACAAGAAGACAGUUUCCUAAACAUCAGCUUGGAAUCUGCCAAAGCUAAGUUAGCAGAAAAGAACCGAGAAGAACUAGAGAGAUUGAAACAAGAGAAUCAAAAACUUUUGGACACCCAAGAGGAAACUUUGUCUUCCGUGCAAAAAUUGACAAAAUUGGCCAAAGAGCAAGUGGAGGCGCUAUCGGAAGCUCUGGCUGCACUACGAGAAGCAGUUAAACACACCAACGACGCAGCUAAAGCGACAAAAGCAGAACGCGAAUCGAUGAAUUCCGGUGCGACCAAAACUGAAAAAGAGACAAAGGGAAAUUGGGUUUGA